AUGACGACCUAUCUCGAGGGCGUUACAGCUGCUUUUGAGUACGAAUAUAAUAAUGCAACGCAAUUUUUGACGAAGUCUGAUCCUGAACACCUCCCAAUACGAUUCACGUUACAUGUUGACGCAACAUACGCGCUUUUCGAUGUAAUAAUACCUAUCCGCUACAAAGACAAGACCAGCUCCAAGACCAUCAAUAUCCGCAUCAACCCCUCAUCCAUUACAUGCCUUAGACAUUCGAGCCAAACAAGUUCACCCGAUGAUAUAUUCCCCUCUGCGACAUGCCUCGAGUUGGAACUAUCCGAUGCCGUUGAUAUCCUUGUACCAAGUCUUGUCAAGGAGCCGGUUGCAGUAGCCAGGCCACGGUCUGGCAAGAUUCUUACUUCCUUGUACGAAAUAUCGCAUGUAUUGAAGCUACGCAUUUACAUCCCUGAGUCUGCACUGUCUAUAGACCAGCUUGAUUCCCUCAGCACAGCAAUUGCGCAACGGAAGUUAGAACCAUUCUCUGACCCAGACCACGAUAUCUCGCGAAUGUUCAGUGGCAGUGGCGCCAAAGCGACGACUCUUCCUGCACCAUUACCUCCUUCCUACGAUAAAGUCGUGUCGAGUGCACCCUUGUACAAUGAAUCCAAUACCUUCGAUCCCCCCAAUACACGAUCGCGCAAGCGACAACGAAGUCAAGAAAUACUCGCCGAUUCUGGUGCGAUCUGGAACAAGUUGCAGAAACUUGAAGCUAUGAUCAAGCAUUCUACCCCAACUAGCGACGAGUCACUGCUUGUUCAAGAGUUGCGCGCCGAAGUGGCUCAGCUUAAAGAACAGAUCGCGACGUGUCAAAACAGGUGUACAGAACUAGAAUCGGAAGUCGCGAGUUUGCGAGAGACAAGACUCAAUGUGGAAGAAAACGAGGCAGUGGAAUUGGCCGAGAUACGAGAAGAUAUUGAGACACUGGAUAAUAGGAUUGACUUUAUUGAGCGUGGGAAGGAUGACGUGGCGUUUGGGAAUAAGAUUAAGGGAGAGAUAUUCGAUGAGCUGGCGGGGAGAGUCAAGGGUGGCUAA